AUGGCGUCACAAAUUCAACCAUCAAGAUUUUUAGAUAGUGCAAUUAUAGCAUUAUUUGCCAUGAUAAUAUCGGCAUCCUUCCUUUACAUGUUUUCAGAAUUUUUUAUGAUGUCACAUGAAUCCAAAUUGUUUAACAAUAAAUUAAGUAUGAUAUUAUCACGUUUAUUUCCUUUUAAAACUUUCGAGUACAACUUAACCCACAUAUUGCUUCUUACCAUAUGUAUCAUUAUCCUUAGUCUUAAACCUGAAAGUGUAGGCAGCAAAUAUGGAUUAAAGGAUAGCAGAAAACCCCAAGGUAAAGAUGACGCACACAAGGCUGAUGAAGAUCCAAAUAGAUUAAAUCGUGACAAGAAAAAAUAA